AUAAAAACGUAACAAUUAUCCAUUAAAGUAAAAUAAAAUUCUAAACCUUCUUUCCAAAUUCUGACACAACAGAAAAGAAAUCUUAAACGUCCUCCUUACCGGAAAACCUCAGAUUCUGUACUCUGCUAACCGCCACAUUAUCUAGGGUUCUUCUUACAUCACUCUCAUAGAAUGUGUCCGCAUCCUUUCCCUCUCUGGUAACUGUCUGGGUUUUUGCCAAUUGACUGGAUUCUGGCUUCUCCUUUUCACCUGGGUGGGGCGCAAUUCGGGUGGGUUUUGUGAAAAAGGCGUGAACUUUGAUUUCCCUGUACGUAGGAGUUGAGGUUUUACAGAGGCACAGAGGAAAGAUCGAAUCUUUUUUUGUUUGUUUGAGCUUCGGGAAACGAAUAUGAUAGCAGAGAAACCGCAUUGGAUUAGGCAUGAGGGCAUGCAGAUUUUUUCUAUUGAUGUUCAGCCUGGUGGGCUGAGGUUUGCCACUGGUGGUGGCGAUCACAAGGUUCGAAUUUGGAAUUCGAAAACUGUUGGUAGAGAAUUAGAAACUGAUGAAUCGGUACCUAAGCUGCUUGCAACUGUGCGUGAUCAUUUUGGCUCGGUGAAUUGUGUUAGGUGGGCAAAGCAUGGUCGAUAUGUUGCAUCUGGAUCUGAUGAUCAGGUUAUUUUGAUCCAUGAGCGAAAGCCAGGUUCAGGAACUACUGAGUUUGGUAGUGGAGAACCGCCUGAUAUCGAGAACUGGAAAGUCGCCAUGACUUUGAGGGGACACACUGCUGAUGUGGUAAUAUCCGAAACAUUUCGUUUAAAGUUUCUGUGCAUAGAAUAUGGAUGACCCUUGACUCAUGCGUGAUAAUGACAAUUAAUGAGAUACUUUAACUGCUUUCCUUGUGUCUUCAUUUCAUGUCCUGGAACUCUUCAAUCCUAUUUGCUGGCCUGCUAAUUAUAUUUAUUCUUUUCAUCAAUUAUCAUGUACCGUCUAACCAAGGAGCUGAUUUAUUCCCUGCUUGAAGUAGGUGGAUCUUAAUUGGUCUCCAGAUGACUCCAUGUUGGCUAGUGGGAGCCUGGAUAAUACUAUUCAUAUCUGGGAUAUGAGCAAUGGUAUCUGUACUGCUGUUCUCAGGGGUCACGCUAGUCUUGUCAAAGGAGUUGCUUGGGACCCCAUUGGUUCUUUCAUAGCUAGUCAAUCAGAUGAUAAAACUGUCAUUAUUUGGCGAACAAGUGACUGGAGUCUUGCUCAUAGAACUGAUGGUCAUUGGGCCAAAUCAUUGGGAUCGACCUUUUUUAGGCGGCUUGGUUGGUCACCUUGUGGUCACUUCAUCACCACCACCCAUGGUUUUCAGAAGCCUAGGCAUUCUGCCCCUGUUCUCGAGCGGGGGGAGUGGUCUGCUACGUUUGACUUCUUAGGCCACAACGCUCCCAUUAUUGUGGUGAAGUUUAAUCAUUCAAUGUUCAAACGAAAUACGUCAAAUGCUCAGGAUUUGAAAGUUGCAUCUCUUGGAUGGGCUAAUGGUUCUGCCAAGGGAGGGAAAGAUUCUCAGCCGUAUAAUGUGAUUGCAAUAGGGAGCCAGGAUCGCACCAUUACUGUGUGGACAACGGCAAGCCCCCGACCUCUGUUUGUGGCAAAGCAUUUCUUUUCUCAAAGUGUUGUAGAUCUAUCAUGGAGUCCAGAUGGAUAUUCUUUAUUUGCCUGUUCUUUGGACGGCACAGUGGCUACUUUUCACUUUGAUGAGAAUGAACUUGGGCAAAGGCUUACUGAUGGUGAGCUUGAAGAAUUGAAAAAAAGUCGGUAUGGCGAUGUUCGUGGUCGACAAGUAACUUUAGCUGAAACUCCUGCUCAGCUACAGCUUGAAGCAGCUGCUGCUGCGAAGCAAACCUCAAGCAAAAAGGUAGUUCGAGAGGGAUCACAUAAGCAGACUUCCAAAAAGCCGUCUCCUGAUCCAGAGCUUACAGCAAUAGUUUCUAAGUCACAAAUCGAAGAUGGGCAAAAAAGUGAAGGAAUUGCUGGUGAAGGGUUAAACAAAUCUGCACCUCGAGUUGCAAGUCCUGUGAAGCAAAGAGAGUAUAGGCGACCUGAUGGCCGCAAGAGGAUAAUUCCUGAAGCUGUUGGAGUGGCUGUCCAGCAAGACAAAAUAUCUGGCUCUCAAGCUCCAGAUUUUGGUAUGCCUUCAGAUCGCAGGAGGGAGGAAAACGGAGUAUUACAUGCCGACUCUAGCAUGCGAGAAAUAUCUCUAAGGAAGGCCGAUACUGGGGCUUCUGAUUUUAAGGAACGAUCUGGUGUAAAUGCUAGGGCUACUAUAAGUGAAAGCUUGAUAAUUGAGAAGGUCCCGAUGGGUUCAGGGAAAGAAGGAAGCAUUAAUGUCGAGCAGAGGGGACUUCUCAAACAUCAAAGUCCUUUAAAUCCUGAAAGCACUCUAUCAAUAAGGGUCCUUGACAAGAGAGAAGGGGAAGAUUGUUCACCAGUUUGUCUGGAGGCCCAUCCUAGAGAACAUGCUAUUAGUGAUAUUCUCGGGACCGGAAAAACAACAGUGAUGACAGAUACAGAAAUUGUUUGCACCAAGGGAACUCAAAAUCUUUGGUCUGAUAGGAUAUCUGGAAAGGUGACAGUUUUAGCUGGAAAUUCUAAUUUCUGGGCUGUGGGUUGUGAAGAUGGAUCACUGCAGAUAUACACCAAAUGUGGAAGACGAGCCAUGCCAAUGAUGAUGAUGGGUUCUGCAGCAGUUUUUAUUGAUUGUGAUGAUGCUUGGAAGUUGCUGCUGGUCACACGAAAGGGAUCCUUACAUGUGUGGGAUUUGUUUGAAAGGAAAUGUAUUUUAAAUGAUUCAUUGACCUCCCUAGUUGCAUCCGAUCUCAAGUCAAAUACUAAAGAUGCAGGGGCAAUCAAAGUGAUAUCUGCAAAGUUAUCAAAAUCUGGGUCCCCGCUUGUUGUUUUGGCUACACGACAUGCUUAUCUAUUUGAUACCAGUCUCAUGUGUUGGCUGAGAGUUGCUGAUGAUUGCUUUCCUGCAUCAAAUUUCGCGAGCUCCUGGAAUUCGAGUGCUGCACAUGGUGGCGAGCUGGCUGCCUUGCAGGUGGAUGUGAGGAAGUUUCUUGCCCGGAAACCAGGAUGGAGCAGGGUGACUGAUGAUGGAGUUCAGACACGUGCUCAUUUAGAAACUCAGCUAGCUUCUGCGUUGUCAUUGAAGUCAGCAAAUGAAUACCGCCAAUGCCUCUUGUCCUACAUUCGUUUCCUGACAAGAGAAGCUGAUGAAUCACGUUUACGUGAGGUUUGCGAGAGCUUCCUUGGACCGCCAACUGGAAUGGAGCAAGCUAGAUCACCUGAUGUGAAAUCAUGGGAUCCUUGUAUACUUGGAAUGGAAAAACACAAGCUCCUUAAGGAAGAUAUUCUUCCUGCCAUGGCAUCAAAUAGAAAAGUUCAACGAUUGCUGAAUGAGUUCAUGGAUCUUCUGUCUGAAUAUGAAGUUUGUGAAGAAGCUGUGGUUGAGGAAACACCUGAACCUUCAACAUCACAGCAUACUGAAGAUAAAAUGAACUGUGACAUUCCUACAAGUGAAGAAGUGAAAUCUGAUCUACCGCAUGAAACUUCCCUGGUAGUAAGGGAUGAAAUUCCCUCUUCUCCCGCAACACUGGAUCAGAAUGGUUGUGCACUACAAACGAAGGAUCAAAUGGAUUCUGAUCCUCAAGCAAGUGAUCAGAUGGACUUGGACUUGCCACGGAGAGAUGAAAUCUCUUCUCCCACAGAUCAAAUAAACCUUGCUGAAACUUUACCAGAAAAUUUGGAACCAGCUUCACAAUAAGGUGCAUUAUGCUAAGUUUACUUCAGGCUGCUAAUUGAGUAUUUCUUUUACCUCUUCACCCCUGCUCAGGUUCUGUUUCAGAACUCUCGCACACGCCUCAGGUUCUUAUUUCAAUGCUGACAAGACACUCAGAUUCUUCUUGCCUGUAAAGAAUAUCUCAACUAGGAGCUUAACAGAUAUUCGCCAUAAUAAACAUCAUCCUGAAUAAUGACAUUGCACUACCAUCCAAGAUCUCAGCCUUGUCCACUGAAAAGCUGCUUCCAAGUUUACUGUGGUGUGCUGUUCACACUAUGAUAGUUUUGUUUGUGGCCCAUUCUUUUCCCUUACCGGUGUAUGUAUAGUAGUAGAUAGUAUGCUAGGUGUAACGUGUGAUUCGUUUGAUGAUUUUUUUAACCAGACAUCUUUUGAGCUUGGUAGUUUUUUUAACCAGACAUGUCUGAGCAUUUGCUCAAGGAAACCAAACUUAAUUAGUUCUUUUUUGCUUUCUUUUUCUUUCCCUAUUUUCCUGAUAUCCUGGAGAUGGGAAUGUUAGAAUAGGAACAUCUGUAGCUUCAAUAGAUUUUGACAAUUAGAAAUUCAGGGUGCACAUAUUGUAGAUGUUGCUUUCAACUUUGGCUUUUGCCUGGCAUACCUUUGAUUUUCUUUCUGGUUAGGGAGCAUUCACCAAUAGAUCUUAUACCAUCAGAAUACCUUCAAGUUUGCAUAAAGUCAAUUAGAAAAAUCGACUAAGGGAGUAAAUAAGAGGUAAAUUUCCUACGUUGAUGCUUCUUUCAUCCCUGCCAAAGAGUAUUUUCAACGUUUUGUCACAGAUAUCCACCUUCAAACAAAAGAUUAAUGAUAAAAUUUUCGGAAAAUAACAAUAACA